AUGUCUCUGAUCAUCAAUUUUCCGCUCCUCCUUCUCCUCAUCCCGCUCGUUCGCUCGAAUACUGUCGGAGAGCUCGACUUCACCGAUCACACUCUGGUAGGCGGACUAGCUUUUUCCUAGGCCACGUUUUCUAUUUUCAGGGCAGCCCGAUAAUCAAUCGUUCCUCAUACUUCAAACAAGAUUUCCGGUUGGGCUACAAACUCAAACUGUUUUGUGAAGCAUCCGGAAAUCCGAGACCACGAAUCGUUUGGUAUCACCGUGGCAUCGAGGUGAACCCGGAUCACAAUAGAACGGUGAGUAUCUCGCGAACCAGGCGCUAUUUUCAAAAGUUGUCAACUGAAAAAAUGCUGCAAAUUUUGCGCUCUACAACUUUGUAGUUCAGAAUUUUGCAUGAAAACUCGUCAAUCUUGAGUUAUACGUUUAUUUCUAGUGUUGCCCCUUUUGUCCUACCUUUCACAAAUUGCUCCAACUUUGAAGGCCUGUAUCUCGUGAACCAAUAACUAUUUCAAAAAGUUGUUAACAGAUCAAAUGUCGCAAAUUUUGUGCUCUACAACUUUGCCGUUGACAAUUUCACACCAAAACGCGUAGUUUUGCAGAUACGCUACUCGAUCCACGGCACGACGACAUCUUCGCAUCUGGACGUGGAUCCGACGUCGAUCGGCGACAAGGGCGAGUACGAGUGUGUGGCGACGAAUUCGAAGGGGAGCCAAGUGAAGAAAUUUCUCACCGAAUAUCAGUAUUGA